AUGCUACAGAUGCAUGGCGGAAAUAAUGAUCAUGGAGCUGAAAAUCGCACGGGAGAUGAUGAACGCGGACGCGAGAAGUUCCCGAUGGCUCUCUCCUUGCCAAAGAACCGUAGCACAGGAAAUUUGGCGGCCGCUCGAAACUCAUCGACCACGGAUCGAAGUAGAGCACGAAUGUCUCUGGAUGCAUCCGCAGCGGCGGCAGCAGCCGCUGACCUUGAAGCUAUCGCCAGGUCUCCCAUCAUGACCGAUCACGAGCAUGGCUUGGGCCUGUCCGGCCUUCGACGAAUAAGACAACAACGCCCACCAUCGAGAAACCCAACACUACCAGGAUCUCGAGCCUCUUCACGAAGCCCCUCCGUUGCCGCCUUAUCUCGGUCAACCUCCAUGAGUGCUAUGGCCGCCAGCGCAGGCAGCUUAUCAUUGACAGGCGGCCCUGCAACUCCAAGUUUCGCUGACGACCUCUCCCGCUUUCCAUCCGAAUCUUUACAUUCUUUCUCGUUUGCCAAUCAAUCCGAAGACUUCCUGCAUAACCGACAAAAUGUUCUCAAGCGAUCCAUUGAGUUCAUGAAGGACCAUAUGGGACUUCCUAUCAGCUCGUCACAGGCUGCUCUUGCGAGUGCCCAGGCGAGGGUAAGCGGCGAUGUAGAGACCCAGAAUAUGCUCGACCUACUGGCUCAAGCACAACUCAUCAGAGCCGGAAAUUUGCCAAAUCCCGACGACGAUUACACCCCAGCUCCUUUAACCGGCCCUGCGGAGGUUUCUCAAGAAAAUGUCUUUGACAAAAACUUCAAUCCUCGAACAUCCAGCACAGACUUGAUCAGCCCUCGCCAAACGUCGCCACCUCCUCGACGAUCAAGAGUCGAAACAACAAGAAGAUCUAACCACCUCGAACCAGUGGCUCAUGAGGCUGCUCACAAGUCAGAUCAAUCAUCGGUACCGGCAAAUGAGAAUGAGAGCACUGGUGGGAAAUCGGCACCCGUUCGGCCGAAGUUGACCUUGAAGCGAACCAUGACGGAUAUCACAGCAGUUUCAGCUCAAGAUAGGUUGAUGGACACAGUGUCACAGCCAUUCUUGACAGGACAGCCUAUCUAUCAAGAACCGCUGAACUCUCCUUCUUUGGCGCAACUUCCCAGUGCCACAGCAGCCAACUUCCCCACCCAGUUAGGCCCUUCUGUACACGGUCACACAAAUCGCUGGGUACCCGCCGCCCAAGCAAUCUUCACAACAGAAGUGAAGCCUCCCUGGACUAUCAUCGCAGCCAACGAUCUUGCUUGUUUGGUUUUCGGCGUGACCAAAGCUGAGGUGCGCAAGAUGGGUAUUUUGGAGGUUGUUCAGGAAGAGAGGAGGUCGUGGCUAGAGCGAAAGCUUCUAAAACAAUCAGACGACGAGUACAGCGAAGGGCAGACGUCUUCUGGACCAAGUACUCCGGCUGCUUCAGCGGCGUCGGCUUUGCUCAACGGUAGAUCUGGAAUAACAGCCCAGCUCCUGAGCAAGCCCAAUUCGAGGACUCAACCACGCAACCAGACGCAAAGGCGUGCACAAACGGUUCACAGCGGCGAUCCCAACCCUCCAAAAGUUGGAGCUGGUGGUCACGGCCAUAGCCAAACUAAUUCGUCUAGAGGCGUACUACUGUGCGGUGAUGUUGUCCCAAUUCAAAAGCGUAACGGUGCGACCGGUUCAGCAAGUCUCUGGGUGAAGGAAAAGAAGGUCGGCCUGAUCUGGGUCCUGGAAGAAAUCCACGAAGAUGUUGCUUACAUCACACUGGACGAAGAAGGAAUCGUGCAAAAAGUUUCCGGGUCUACUACCACUAUCUGGGGAUUCGAGUCGAUCCCCCCUGGAUUCGAUAUCGCGAGACUUAUUCCACGGAUCCCUCGCCAAGGUAUCGAUCCCAACACGGGAGAGAUCGACUUCGCCCAAGCGACAAGACGAAGAUAUUUUACUUGUCCCCAUUCACCACAAGUCAACAUUCCUUGUACGGUCGAGCAAACUCGUGGCAAGCUUGAGCUUCGUGUAUCGACUUUCCCUCACAUGGCUGGAAUCAUUGUAGUUGAGCCCGAAUCCCUCAAGAUCCGAAGCUCAAACUCAGCCUUUUGCGGUGCACUCUUUGGAUUUGAAAAGGCCGAUGGUAUGUCGAUCAAUGCAUUGAUCCCAGAGUUUGACAGCAUUCUCGAAUCGUUGAUAGAUGAGGAUGGCAUUCAGCUCCUCGAUGGUAUGGUUGUUCCUGAGCAUCGUUUCAGGAAAGCAUCGGCAUUCCUUGCACUGAAAGAGAACAGACCCGAUGCUGCGUCGGCUUUCCUCCAUCCUGCUGGAUUGAGUGCGAAGCAUCGCGACGGGUCCGACCUGAAAGUCGAUGUCCAGAUGCGCGUAGUCAAGAGUGAAAAGAAGACCCGUGUGGUGAACGAAACUGUUGCUGAAGGCAGUGAUGAGGACAACGCCACCGGCGAUGGAGACGCAACUUUCGAAGUGACUCAUUCAGAAAUAGUGUAUGCUUUGUGGGUUACCUACUCACGCCAUCUUCAUGGCACCCAGCCUCAUCUCAACCUUGAGAGUCCUACUCCCGGAGCCCGCACACCCCUCCACCAACCGUCCCCUGGUCAGACUCCAGCUCAUACACCUUUGGAAAUUGCCUCGGAUGACGAGUCACCUCGAAAGAACAUGCUAGUCGCUGCCAGCUCGCUGUCCAGGCAUUUGAAAGACGCUGCCAUGAAUGCUGCUGCCAAGAUCACCGGCCAGCAAACAAAGCCUAAGCCUGAGGAGGCGCCCCCAGUACCAAAGGUUGUCGAACCUCCACAUAAGAAAACAAUCAACGACUAUACGAUACUUGAGGAAAUGGGCCAAGGUGCGUACGGUCAAGUGAAGCUAGCCCGGCAUAAGGAGUCGGGCAAGAAGAUCGUGCUCAAGUACGUCACCAAGCGCCGUAUUCUCGUGGACACUUGGACAAGGGACAGGAAACUGGGUACUGUUCCUCUGGAAGUUCAUGUCCUGGAGUACCUUCGCAAGCCUGAGCUACGUCACCCCAACAUCGUUGAGAUGCAGGGCUUCUUUGAAGACGACGUAAAUUAUUAUAUUGAGAUGAUUCCUCACGGAUUGCCUGGCAUGGACUUAUUUGAUUACAUCGAACUGAGAACCAACAUGGAUGAGGCCGAGUGCUGCAGCAUCUUCGUCCAAGUCGCAAACGCUAUUCACCACCUACACACCAAAGCCAAGGUGGUCCACCGCGAUAUCAAGGACGAGAAUGUGAUCCUUGACGGGGAAGGCAACAUCAAACUUAUCGAUUUUGGAAGUGCUGCAUAUAUCAAAAGCGGACCGUUUGAUGUUUUCGUUGGAACAAUCGAUUAUGCCGCUCCCGAGGUUCUCGCUGGCAAGCCUUAUCGGGGUAUGGAGCAAGAUGUAUGGGCCCUGGGUAUCCUUCUCUACACCAUCAUCUACAAGGAGAAUCCUUUCUACAGCGUUGACGAGAUCAUGGACCGCGACCUGCGAAUACCUUAUAUCCUAAGCGAAGAAAGCAUUGACCUCAUUCGCUGCAUGCUGGAUCGUGAUGUCGCCAAACGCUACGACAUCAACCAGGUGUUAGAACACCCCUGGUGCCAACUUGCAAACGAUGCAUGA